UUUCUUUUUUGCUUUUUGGAUACCUUUGGUUCUUCUUCUAUAUAACGGAAGGAGAACAAUACACAUAUCUCUUAUAACAUGGUUGUUAUUAAUUCAAAUCAAAGGAAACCGAUAUUCUUGUAUAUCGGUUUUCUCUUCUUUUGUAUAUGUUUUUUCUUAUGGCCGCUAAGAGCACCGAACAACAACAGUAAUGGUUCGAGGAAAUCAUCCUCCUUAGUGUCACAUCCGUCAAUGCUACAUCAUCCAAAUCUGCCCGAUGUCAACGAUCCACCAGCAUGGCAAAAUACCACUCGAGUCAAAGCAGCUUUUGUUAUCUUGACAAGAAAUAACGAACUAGAUGCUUUACGAAAAACAAUUCAACAGUUAGAAGCAAGAUUCAAUCACAAAUUCAACUACCCUUAUGUCUUUUUAAACGAUGUAGAAUUCACUGAGGAAUUUAUAGAGUUGACCUCAAGUCUAACGAAUGCCGAAACUAAAUAUGGCCUCAUUCCCAAAGAGCACUGGAGUUAUCCUGACUGGAUCGAUAUCGAAAAAGCUGACAGACUACGUAAAGAGAUGGAAGAGAAGGGUAUCAUUUAUGGUGGAAGUCUAUCUUACAGACACAUGUGCAGAUUCAACAGUGGCUUCUUUUACAAACAUCCUUUAUUGCAAGAUUAUGAAUAUUAUUGGCGAGUAGAGCCUAGUGUUGAAUUUUAUUGUGAUAUUGAUUACGAUCCAUUUUUAUACAUGAAGGAGAACAAUAAGAAGUAUGGCUGGACUAUAUCUCUGAUUGAAUUUGAAGCUACCAUUCCUACCCUAUGGGAAACCACAAAGCAAUUUAUAAAGGAGAACCGUGAACUGAUUGCCAAGAACAACCUAAUAGACUUUAUAUCAAACGAUAACGGUAACAGCUAUAAUUUAUGCCACUUUUGGAGUAAUUUUGAAAUUGGUGAUUUGAAGUUUUUGAGAAGCCCAGAGUAUACUGCAUUUUUUGACUAUUUGGAUAAGUCCGGAGGUUUCUUCUAUGAAAGAUGGGGUGAUGCGCCAGUCCAUUCAAUUGCUGUCGGCCUUUUCUUAAACAAAUCAGAAGUUCAAUUCUUUAACGAUAUCGGUUACAAACAUGAUCCAUUCAUUCAUUGUCCAGUUGCGCGAGAAUUACAAUUGAAAUGCCAUUGCAAUGCAGAGGAUAAUUUUGAUCUCACACCUAAUUCUUGUAUGCGCAGAUGGGUGGAGCUUCGUUGACGAGAAUAGGUCACUCCUAAUUCAUUUGGAUUCAUAGCUUUACAUCCCGUAGAAGUAAAAAAUUCCAGAUAUCUCAAACUAUUUGUGUACAUUAGUAUUAGACCAUAAGUUUUUUUUUUUAAGAAUCAUAGCAUAAACUGAAUUCAUAUUUUCUAUCGUUUUUGAGUCUUAAAAGUCGUGUAAUCAAGAGUGUGAAUGCCUCCAAAAAUCUAU